AUGGCCUACUACGACCCCGACGCCCCCCCGGACUUCGAUGUAUUGCUAGAGGAAGUAAGUGAAAUCGGGCGCGGCAUCAGCAACCGCAACACCGAUUUGGAGUGGUUGUGGUUCGAUGUCAGGAACAACAUAAUCGACGUGGUGACGCGUACAAUCGGACUCGGACUAUUUGCUGCCAUCGCCGUCGUAUCACUCUAUAUCGUCAUCUCGAGAAAGUGGAAAGAUGGCGUGUCGGCCAUUAUCCUUGUCUCGGUCCUCCCGGACUGCAUGUCUCAACUCGGCUUAUGGCUCGCUAUGCUCUCGAGACUGGCGCAAAUGUACGCCGCGAUGCAUGCCAACAUCCUCGAUAUCGGCGCUAUGGCGGUCAGCAUCCCCGCUUGCACCCACAGCUACCAAUGCGGUGAUAAAUACGCCCCUGAAACCCACGAGCCCGAGUACACAUCCCAUAAAUGUUUCGGUACAGCUUUUAUGGCCGCAGACCCAAUGAUGCAUGCAGCAGUAGUCUGCGUCACUACGGCGGUCUUCUUACUGCACAGGAAGAAAUUCGGCCUCGUGACCGGAUCCCUCCUAUUUGCACCGCUCAUAGCGGCUUUCGUGUCCGCGGUCAUGCACGUCCGAAACGCAUGCCUGCCCGAGACUGUCGUGGGCGAGGACGGCAAUAUCGAAUACACCACCGCCGACUGGUCUGACUGGGAAACGUUCAAUCCGCAACCGGUCGAUGAUACCACAGCGAGGUUGGCCUUGCUUACGCGCGUGAUGCCACUGCUUCUCGUCGCCUACCAUCUUUGGGGGAUCCGAGAUGCUCUCAGGGUGCAACUCGGCGACGUUGAUGCCCGCCGCCGAUGGACUUACUGGCUGGCGAUGACAUAUAUACUACCCGCACUCGUAAAUGAGGGAUGGCGCUCGUUGAGCAGCGCGUACAACGCAGAGGAGGACCCAUAUAUGCCGGUCUUCAAGUACGCGUUCUUCUCCGCCGGCGAUGCGAUCCUGGUCCCACUCAUGAUGGUAUACCCUGGUCUUGCACUCCUUGUGCAGAGAAUAUGGGAUUGCACCCCUGAAGAUCACAGUGAAGACACGCCGGCGCAGGAGAAAUCCGACACACCAGCCUCUACUCCGUCUCCCGCACUGCCUGAUGAUACCAAAAACAACGAAACGGCCCCUUUGACGAACUGAUGUCUAGCUGCUCGAGGUCGAGGCUCAGAUACACCCCUCCUCGGAUCGUUGAAGUUCUUGGAUGACUCUUGGGUUAGUAUAUAGUCGCUUUAAUGCAUUUUUAGGGAAGCAUCGGUUGUCAACAUGUCACCCAGAUGCCUUUUCAACCCCGUGGGUCAACAAUACUGUCUACGACACACAUAUGUAACAGGAAACACUUUUGAC